UCCUUCGGCAUGGCAGAACUUUCUUGAGGCAGCAGGUUUACAGAAACCUAUUGCGCUACAAUAUGGCACUCUCUUUGCAGAAAACCGGAUCAGGACGAACAUGCUCCCAGAUUUGACAAAGGAAGUUCUGAAGGAAAUGGGAAUCCGAGCGAUUGGAGACAUCAUGUUGAUUCUGAAUCACUGCAAGCAGCAGUAUCUUUCGCAGGUAGUUGCUUGGCUUGGCGUUCUGGUCAUAGUUCAUGUGCUCGAAACAGUACCUCUAUUCGUUUGCUAACU